AUGAUCCGCUCACGAACCUCCAGGCUCGCAGUCUCUGCCCUCGCGAGGAGGCAAUGGACGUGCCCGGCAUGCCUGUCCAGGCGCCAAUACUCCAAGCAGUCCGAAAAGCGCGAACCUCCCGAUCAUCGGAAGCUGGGCAACCAGCAAGAGCUCUUCAUGACGUCGAUAUAUAGCCCCGGAUCCCCCAUAUUCUUGCCCAACGGCGCCCGAAUAUUCAAUCGACUCGUCGACUUCUUGCGAAAACAGUACGUGCGAUAUGGGUUCCAGGAAGUCAUCACGCCGACGAUAUACAAGAAGUCGCUGUGGGCAAAGUCGGGACAUUUGGAGAAUUAUGCAGAGGACAUGUACUCUGUGACGGGUAACAAGAGGGCUUCGGACGCGGAAGGGUGCUGCGGAACGGAUCACGCCAAAGAUGCAUUAGAGGAAGAGGACGAUUACGGGUUGAAGCCCAUGAAUUGCCCUGGGCAUUGCCUGAUCUUCGCAUCCAAGCUGCAUAGCUACAGAGAUUUGCCGGUCAGAUACGCCGAUUUUAGUCCCCUCCAUCGAAAUGAGAUAUCAGGUGCCUUGUCAGGAUUGACUCGGGUGCGUCGAUUCCACCAAGACGACGGCCACAUCUUUUGUAGACCAAGCCAGGUGGAAGGCGAGAUCAAGAAGACGCUGGAUUUUGUCAAGACGGUUUACAGCGUUUUGCGCCUUGGUGUCAGCUACCGCUUGGCACUGUCUACGCGGCCGAAAGAUCACUACAUUGGCACGGAAGAAGAGUGGGCGCGCGCCGAGGACAGCUUGAAACGGGCGCUGGACGCUUCAGGCAUGGAGUGGACAAUAAACGAGGGCGACGGUGCAUUCUACGGCCCCAAGAUUGACAUUGUGCUCAAAGACUCGGAAGGCAAAGAGCACCAGACUGCGACGAUCCAGCUCGAUUUCCAGCUGCCGAAGCGAUUCGAGCUGGAGUACCAAGCACCCGCCCCAGAGUAUGAAGCCCGCGGCGAGACGACUGAAGACCCAGAGCUUCUCGCCCAGUACGGCCCCGUCCGGCCAGUCAUGAUUCACCGUGCGGUGCUGGGAUCUGUAGAGCGGCUGCUGGCGCUCUUGAUUGAGAAUUAUGACGGGAAAUGGCCGUUCUGGCUGAACCCGAAACAGGCCGUCAUCUUGACGGUCAACACGUCCGAUCCAGUUGUAGAGUGGGCCGACGAAGUGCGCGACAUCCUCCUCGGCAACAAGAAGCAGAGAGGAGAUGGGUUGCCGGCUAUCGAGAGCCUUUCAGGGCAGACGGGCCUGGCGGUGGACAUGGAUUUCACUCCGAGAUCACUCGGGACCAAGAUUCGGGAGGCCCACGCGAGUGGCUACGGUCUUGUGUUAGUGGUGGGCGAGCAAGAUGUUGAGAAGAAACAGGUCAGCUUGGGCAAAGAAAGGUUGAACCCAGUAGAAAUGCGCGAUAGAAUGCUGUACAUGGUAGAUACAUUCGAAUAA